AUGAUCAACUACAUGGUUAAUGACACCGAUAAGCCAGGCCUCAUGAAGCCAGUUGAGAAGGUUUCCUAUCCAUCCAAUUGGGUCGUUGUCGACACAGCUGCAAAGAUCUUCACUGGGUUGUUCAACUUCACUCAGAUACCAUGGGACGAUGUUUACCUCGAUCCCGGAAACGACAAAACGCAAGAGAAAGCUGAGGAGGUCAAAACAAUUGUCAAACGAACUGUCGAAGAAAUCUCGCAAGAGUUCCUUUCAUCGGGCAAUGUUCACUUCUCUCAAAGCCCAAAAAAUAGGACAUUUGCGAGAGUAGACAUGUUUUUCAAACUCGACGCAUCAGCUAAAGUAAACGAUCUCAACUCUAGGAUUCGGCAUGUCUGGCCUACGGGAGAAAAUCGAGGACUUGAUUUCUUCUCAAUUGAAAUAUCCGACUUCGAUGAAUGUGGGACCGUCUGGGACGACUGUAAUAGAGAUGCGAAGUGCACAAACAUGGAAGGCGCCUUUCGCUGUGAAUGCUUACCUGGAUAUUAUGAUCAAAGUCGUAUUUUAUUCUUGCCGAUGGGUAGGGUUUGUAAACAUACAUCCGUCGACGAGUUAAUAACGAAGCCGACGGAAAAGCCUUUGGAUCCAAAUGCUCGGGAUGCGUUCAUUAAUGAACAGUUCUCCUCGCAGCAUGACAGAAAUUCACCUGCAGUAGAUUUCGCUUCUCGACUUGGACUCGCGAAUCUCGGACCACCUGGGCUCCCAAGUGGAAGUUAUGACAUUUUGCCGAAUACGAUGAAACCGGGAAAAUGGACAGAUGGAAUUGACUGGCCUGGUCCGCUAGGUGUUCGAACAAGAACAACUGGACCUACAAGCUUGUUCAUCAACUGGCAAAUGAUUGACCACGAUACGUAUGGAAACCGAUUCUUUUAUGUUCUUGCUUACCAUGACGUUGGCGCUACUGAAGUGAAAUGGAACGAGUGGCUUCUUGGAUCUAAAGUUGACAAAGUCGAAGUCGAUGGUUUAACGCAGAAUCGACAGUACAAUAUCAAGGUUGGCGUAAGAAAAAUGGAUAUCGCACAUGGUGAAAAUACAACUACCGCGUGGUCCGACCCUGCUGUUGGAGAGACAUUCAUCGCCAGUUACAACGCUAGAACUAUUUUAGCAAAGACAAAAUGGGAUAGCUGUUACAAAAACAAAUUCUCUGGAGCGCACCUUAAAUUAGUUUCACAGCUGCAGUCUAACUCAAAACUGCUCUUUUCUUCGCCAGCAAUGAAUUAUGGCGGUAAAGAUCUGCGGUCAAAGUUCCUCAAGUCUGAUGAUUUCCGUUUCGAGUCUUCAGAACUCAAAAACGUUGUGGUCUUCUGGCGCCUCUAUUUCAAACCUUUGGAUAAAUCAUGGGAAGCUCCAGCUCUUGAACAGUUACUGAAAGACAUGCUCUCUGGCGUUAUUAUCUCGAAGUACAACUUGAGAAAUGUGCCGAAGUUCGAAGAUGGAAAUCUUUUAGCUAGGAACUCGAAGUAUAUGCGAAUUUUUGACAUUGACGAGUGCGCUACAGAUCAACAUGAUUGUGACAUGAACGCUAGAUGCAUUAAUUCACCAGGAGAUUUCAAAUGUGUCUGCAAAUCAAAUUUCGAUGACGUCUCAGCUCCAUACCCACCAGGUCGUUAUUGCAAAAUCAACCCUGACAAGCCAGUUAUUGAUUACGAUGAUUACAUCGAUACCGCCGUCGACACAUCCAUGCCUGAAGGUUCCAAGGCUGCAGAACUUCUCGCUGGUCAACGACCAAAGAAUGAGCACAACUAUAAUCAUGGAGUCUGGCUACGUAAAUACUCAAUGUGCACUCCACUUAACCCGCGAAUGACCCAACCCGCUGUUUACGUGAAAUCAGGGAGCUCAGAAAAAUGUGAACCCGUUUUCAUUUAUAAAUCGUCUGCAACCCUUGCUCUAUCAGACGUUCAGAAAAGGUCAUAUAAACCAAGGGAUGUUUACGACAGGGAGUCAUUUACUUAUAAGAACUUGACGCUGAAAAUGGAUCAUCAAAUCAAUGAACUAUUAAACUUCGAGCUCGGAAGUGAAUUCAUCAAGUCCUCUGUUCUCGGGCUUAGAUUGUCUGACAGACGAGAGAUGGCCAUCGAAGUAGAUUUUCUCGUCUUCUUGCAACGCCGCGAAGCAAACAGUACCGCUGCAUACAAGCAAUACAACCCAAAUCAGCUUCAGCGGUCUUUAUGGGAGAUUUUCUCCGAGUAUAGACCUGGAAAUGGCGACUUUCAAUUCCAAUUCGACAAGACUGACACUACUGUAACCGAUCUCAAUGAGUGCCUGACAAAAAUGCACGACUGUGACAAGCAAGCUGACUGUAUAAAUACCGAAGGAGGAUUUGAAUGCUCCUGCAAGCCUGGAUUCAAAGAUAGCUCUAGAAAAGGUGAAGGACGAAAGUGCCAAGAUCAGUGUAGGCCAAGCCCUUGCAAAAACAGCCAGCAGUGUCUGAAAACGAAUCUGGUCGGAAUGCCUGUUUGCAAAUGCAAAAGCCCGUAUAGAGGAGAGUUCUGUGAAAUCGUCGAUCCACUUAGAAAAUUGCCAAGUUUUGGUACGAAGUCUCCCACUGCUGCACUUGUGCUCAUAGUUGUUGUUGGGCUCAUCAUUAUCCUUGCUAUUCCACUACUUUCGAUGAUCUGCUGCUUUUUCUGUCCUGUGAAAACAAAGUACUCAAGAAUGCUUGAAGACAGGAUAAAGAAGAACCACCAGUUUUCCGAGAGACAAAAAUUUCGACGAGAAGAAGAGGAAAAACGUCUUGAUGAGAUUUAUAAGCAGCGGCAAAUCAAGGAAGAAUUUUUCAACGCCAAAAACAGUGAGGAAGAGAAAAUUGAUCUAAAAAAUCUUGGAUUCAAGUCGGUGGCGGAUUUUGACCCAAAACACAUUUCAUCAAGGCCCGAAAAUCUUCUAGCGACAAGUCAACGUAUGAUGGAAAGUACCUCAAUCAUGGAAGUUAAAAACCAAGAAGAUGAUGAGGUCAGUGAGACGGGGCCUGUCAUUACCCAAGUCGGGUUCAAACCUCUUGUUAAUUCGACAGGAGAUAUAAAAGAUGAAGAAUCUAAGACCGAGAAGAAUUCCGAGGGAAUAGGAUCUUUGAUGGCUGACAUUCUAGCGAUCGGAGCCAAGAAAGUCAACGAAGACGAAAAAGGUCUCGUUGAAGAAGAAAACGUUCAGGAGUCUAAUGCUGUCGAUGAAACAGAAGCGCUAGAAACUUAUGCCGAGACAACUGUGAACUCUCAUGGAAACAUGAAAACGGAAACUCAUGAUGAUUCUUCAUCGACUGAUUCUGUAACGACAGAUAGUAUCACAUCGUAUUCUGGUACUGAAACAAUCACUGAAUCACGACAAUAA